GUCACUGCAGGUGUGGCAGAGUGCCAUGGCAGCCUCAGCCCUGAGCAGCCCCUGUGUGUCUGUCUGUUUCCAGUAGAGGCCGCCCUGCCAGGCUCCUCAGCACCUGAGAGGCAGGAAGUGGCAGGGGAAGCGACUCAGGGGCUUUCCAGGAAUCAGGGAGUGAUGGGAAGCCCAAGUGAGAGGUGCCUGGCUGGGGACAGGGCAGGAUGGGGCUCUGUGUCCCCACCACGACAACCCACGAGAUGCGCUGGCAGCUGGGUGAGCAGCUGCGCUGCCUGGAGCUGCAGGGCGAGCUGCGGCGGGAGCUGCUGCAGGAGCUGGCUGAGUUCAUGCGGCGCCGCGCUGAGGUGGAGCUGGAGUAUUCCCGUGGCCUGGACAAGCUGGCCGAGCGCUUCUUGGGCCGUGGCGGCCGUCUGGGGGGCGGCAGCCGGGAGCACCAGAGCUUCCGGAAGGAACCAUCCCUCCUGUCACCCUUGCAUUGCUGGGCCGUUUUGCUGCAGCAGACACGACAGCAGAGCCGGGAGAGUGCAGCCCUUGGCGAGGUGCUGGCAGGGCCCUUGGCCCAGCGCCUGAGUCACGUCGCAGAAGAUGUAGGGCGCAUCGUCAAGAAGAGUAAGGAUCUGGAGCAGCAGCUGCAGGAGGAGCUCCUGGAGGUGGUGUCAGAGCUUCAGAUGGCCAAGAAGACAUACCAGGUGUACCACAUGGAGAGCGUGAAUGCCGAAGCCAAGCUCCGAGAAGCUGAGCGGCAGGAGGAGAAGCGGGCAGGCCGGAGUGCUGCCACCGCCACCACUGCCACCACGGAGGCAGGGCCCCUCCGCAAGAGCUCCCUCAAGAAGGGAGGGCGGCUAGUGGAGAAGCGUCAGGCCAAGUUCUUGGAGCACAAACUCAAGUGCACAAAGGCACGCAAUGAGUACCUGCUUAGCCUGGCCAGUGUCAAUGCUGCUGUCAGCAACUACUACUUGCAUGAUGUCAUGGACCUCAUGGACUGCUGUGACACAGGGUUCCACUUGGCCUUGGGGCAUGUGCUCCGGAGCUACACAGCUGCUGAGAGCCGCACCCAAGCCUCCCAGAUGCAGGGCCUGGGCAGCCUGGAAGAGGCGGUAGAGGCCCUAGAUCCUCCGGGGGACAAGGCCAAGGUGCUAGAGGUGCAUGCAGUCGCCUUCUGUCCCCCACUUCGUUUUGACUACCAGCCCCAUGAAGGUGAUGAGGUGGCUGCAAUCCAGGUUGAGAUGGAGCUACGGGAGGAGAUUCUGCCCAGAGCCCAGAAUAUCCAGAGCCGCCUAGACCGACAGACCAUCGAGACAGAGGAGGUGAGCAAGACACUGAAGGCCACACUGCAGGCCCUGCUAGAGGGGGUGACUUUGGAAGAUGGGGACGCACUCGACUCCUUCCAGGUCAGUCCCUCCACCGAGUCCCUCAAGUCCACCAGCUCUGACCCAGGUGUUCGGCAGGCCAGCCGGAGGCGGGGCCAGCAACAGGAGACGGAGACCUUCUACAUCACGAAGCUCCAGGAGUACCUGAGUGGACGAAGCGUCCUUGCCAAGCUGCAGGCCAAGCAUGAGAAACUACGAGAGGCCAUUCAGCGAGGUGACAAGGAGGAGCAGGAGGGGUCUUGCAGGACCCAGUACACACAGAGAAAAUUCCAGAAGAGCCGCUACCCACGCCCCAGCUCGCAGUAUAACCAGAAACUCUUCGGGGGAGACAUGGAGAAGUUUAUCCAGAGCUCAGGCCAGCCUGUGCCCCUAGUCGUGGAGAGUUGUGUCCGCUUUAUUAACCUCAACGGCCUGCAGCACGAGGGCAUCUUCCGGGUGUCUGGUGCCCAGCCCCGGGUCUCGGAGAUCCGUGAUGCUUUUGAAAGAGGGGAAGACCCGCUGGUGGAAGGCUGCACGGCCCAUGACCUGGACUCAGUAGCAGGGGUGCUAAAGCUGUACUUCCGAAGCCUCGAGCCACCCCUUUUCACCCCGGACCUGUUCGCAGAGCUGCUGGCUUCUGCAGAGCUGGAGGCUGUGGCGGAGCGAGUGGAGCACGUGAGCUGCCUCCUGGCACGGCUGCCCGGAUCUGUGCUGGUGGUCCUGCGCUAUCUCUUCACGUUCCUCAACCACUUGGCCCAGUACAGUGAUGAGAACAUGAUGGACCCCUACAACCUGGCUGUGUGCUUCGGGCCAACGCUGCUGCCCGUGCCUGCGGGGCAGGACCCAGUGGCCUUGCAGGGCCGCGUGAACCAGCUGGUGCAGACACUUAUCAUGCAGCCUGCGCGGGUCUUCCCGCCCCUGUCCCUGCUGCCGGGCCCGGCCUACGAGAAGUGCAUGGCACCGCCCUCUGCCAGCUGCCUGGGGGAUGCCCAGCUGGAGGGCCUGCCAGGGGAGACAGAGCCGGAGAUGGAAGCUGGGACCCUAGCCCCGGAGGAUGACCCGGAGGGGGUUGUGGAGGCUGUGGCCUGCUUCGCCUACGUGGGCCGCACAGCCCAGGAGCUGACCUUCCAGCGCGGGGAUGUGCUUCGGCUGCAUGAGCGGGCCUCAGGCGACUGGUGGCGGGGCGAGCGUGCUGGUACCUGGGGACUCAUUCCUCACAAGUACAUUGCGCUGCCCACGGGGGCAGAGAAACAUGCAGCCGGCCAGGGGCUGCAGGCUGCAGGGGAGCUGGUCAGCAGUGCAGAGGCCAUCUUGGCUGUGGAGUUCAUCCAUCGGCCAGAGCCAGGCACCCCUGGAGGCCCCUCUGGGCCCAGAAGGCAUUGCGUUGUUCCAGCCUCCCCAGAGCGACACGUGGAGAUGGACAAGGCUGUGGCCCAGACCAUGGAUUCUGUGUUUAAGGAGCUCUUGGGAAGGACCGCUGUCCGCCAGGGCCUCGGGCCGGCAUCUGCGAACUCCACCAGCCCUGGGCUACGCAGCCCAAAGCCUCUGGCCUGCAGCAGCCUUGGCAAAAACAAGGGCUUCUCCCGUGGACCUGGGGUGCCGGCCUCACCCUUGGCGUCCCAUCCCCAGGGCCUGGACUUGCCCUUCAAGCCACACUGAGGUGACUGUGGUGAGACUGGGUCCCCUUCCCAGGCCCUUUGCUUCUCCCUGGCCCUGUCCAGCAAGUGCUGGGCACCUGCUCGUGACUGCAGAGAGGAGGACUUGGUUGCCCAAACAUGUUCCCAGUCCUGGCUUAGGCCCCCCUGGGAGGCAGCUGAAGGAGGAGGCAGGGGAGAAGCCCCUCCCUGGCUUUGUUGUGAGGACUUGUCAGUGGCUGUUGGGUGACAGGUGCCCUUGCUCAGAGAGAGCACCCAGGCCUGUCUCUGCCUCAGCAGGGCUUGCCAGGUAUUGACGGGCAUUCAUAAAGAUGUGUGCAUUGACCCCUG